AUGUUUAGGGAUAGAACCAAUUUAUUCAUAUCGUACCGUCGUACUUUUCCCCAUCAUUCAUUUGACAAGAAAUAUAAAAAAACCAAGUCGCACACCAAGAAGACCAGAUUCGAUCUUUUGCCCGAAGAAGAACAAGGAUUGAUCCUGCCGGAACAACAAGACGAAUUCGCGGACUUCGAGAUAUCUGAUGAUGAUAAUGAAGGACCUACAAAUAUCCAUGAUGAUACUGGGGAAUUCGAUGAUUUGAAUCUCAAUGAUGGAGAAAUGGGUGGUGGUAGCAGCAGCAGCAGCAGUGCCCUACCUCCGGUUUUUAUCGAUAUUGCUGAUGAGAUCGAUUCGUUAUUACAAGAAAUUGACCAAAAGACUGGGACAUUAACGAAAUUGUACAAGAAGAACUUAUUGCCGGGCUUCAACGAUCGGAGUGUCGAUGAGGAAGAGAUUGAGAAGUUGAAUUAUUUCAUAACUUCGAAAUUCCAAAGUUGUUUUGCUUUAGUGAAGAGAUUAGAUAAUAUUAGGAAACGCAAGACCGCGGAAAAUAGUUUUAAAAACAAGAGUGAGGUGAUUAUGUUGGAUAACAUCAAAAAGAAUUACGCGUUGAAAAUUCAGCAAGCGUCGCUGAAUUUCCGGAAAAUCCAGAAUAAUUACAUUAAAUUUUUGAAAGAGGAUGAUUUCGAGCCGAUCACCACUAAUAAGAGUCAAUCGACAUUGGCCAAUGAGUUUGAUCCAGUACUUGAGGAGUUGGAAACCGCCGAAGUCGAACAAUACUCGCGAGACGCUUUACUUCAGACCCAAAGCCAUUUGCAACAGUCCAACCAGCUUGAUUCAUUGGUGCGCCAAAGAGAACAAGAAAUUAAUAAAAUCGCCAAAGGGGUGUUGGAAGUAUCGGCGAUAUUCAAAGAGAUGCAGACCAUGGUGAUUGAGCAAGGAACCAUAUUGGAUAGAAUAGAUUACAAUUUGGAAAACACCAAGGUAGACCUUAGGCUGGCUAAUAAGGAAUUAACAAAGGCCACCGAGUACCAGAAGCAAAAUAACAAGUGUAAAGUGAUCUUCUUGUUGGUGUUGGUGGUAUGUGCAUUACUAAUGAUUUUGAUUGUUAAACCAAAGAAGCACGGAGGUGAUGGCCAUACUGGGGGUAAUGGCAGUAAUAAUGGCAAGGAGAGUAAUGGUGGUAGUGGUAAUGACGAAAAUGUUGAUAGUAAUUCGAAUAAUUAUAUUGAUGGGGGACAAUGA